CCCGUCAGCGAGGAGUGAGUAGCAAAGUAUCGACUCUGCUGAGGAUGCCCCAGACGAACAAGUUCAAAUGCGCAGCUGCAAGUGGUUCAGCCCAGUCUGCUGGUCCGGACCGGGGUGAGCCGCAGCAACACGCAGAGCCCAGAGAGCAGGAAGCAGCAGCGGGGGGCAGCGGCGGAGAUGACAACCAAGGAGAUGUUGAGAUCAUAAAGUCUCCUAGCGACCCUAAGCAAUACAGAUACAUUGAGCUUAGCAAUGGCCUGAGAGCUCUUCUGAUCUCAGACUUCAGUGGCACCGAUGCCAAGGCUGCAUCCGAAGACGACGAUGAUUCUGAAGAAGAGGAAGAGGAGGCAGAGGGUGAGGAAGAAGAGGAAGGAGACUCAGGAGAAGGCACAGAUGAAGAGUCUGAGGAAGGGGAGGAAGAACAGGACAGCGACUUUGAGGAGUUGGACGACGAGAGUGAGAGAAAAAAGAAGAAAGGCAGCUCAGAGAAACAGUCUGCAGCUGCUCUCUGUAUAGGAGUAGGCAGUUUUAGUGACCCCAGUGACCUGCCAGGACUCGCCCAUUUCCUCGAACACAUGGUUUUCAUGGGCAGCGAGAAAUAUCCCUCUGAGAACGGCUUUGACGCCUUCCUGAAGAAACACGGCGGGAGCGACAACGCCUCCACGGACUGCGAGAGGACCAUUUUCCAAUUCGACGUCCAAAGGAAACAUUUCAAAGAGGCCCUCGAUAGAUGGGCUCAGUUCUUCAUCUGUCCUCUGAUGAUCAAAGAUGCCAUAGACAGAGAAGUGGAGGCCGUCGACAGCGAGUAUCAGCUUGCCAAACCCUCAGACUCUCACCGUAAAGAGAUGCUGUUUGGCGGCCUGGCUAAGGAGAACCAUCCCAUGGGCAAGUUCUGCUGGGGGAAUGCAGAGACUCUGAAGAUUGAGCCCAGAAAAAACAAUAUUAAUGUUUACCGUCGCCUGCGUGAGUUCUGGAAGAGGUACUAUUCUGCUCACUACAUGACGCUGGCUGUGCAGUCUAAAGAGAAACUGGACACCCUGGAGGAGUGGGUGAGGGAGAUCUUCAGCGAGGUUCCCAACAACGGCGUUCAGAAACCCGAUUUCUCCGAUCAGCUCGAUCCUUUUGACACCCCAGCCUUCAACAAACUGUACCGAGUGGUGCCUGUAAGGAAGGUUCACGCCCUCACCAUUACAUGGGCCCUUCCUCCACAAGAGAGAUACUACAGGAUAAAGCCCCUACAUUACAUCUCUUGGUUGAUUGGCCACGAAGGCACUGGGAGUAUUUUGUCUCUGCUCAGGAAAAAGUGUUGGGCCCUUGCUCUCUUUGGAGGGAACAGCGAAACGGGCUUCGAUCAAAACUCCACCUACUCCAUUUUCUCGGUCUCAAUCACUUUGACUGAUGAAGGCUUCCAGAACUUCUAUGAGGUUGCCCAUCUGGUGUUCCAGUACUUGAAAAUGCUCCAGACUCUUGGACCUCAACAAAGAAUUUAUGAGGAAAUUCAGAAGAUUGAAGCGAAUGAAUUCCACUAUCAGGAACAGACUGACCCCAUUGAAUAUGUGGAGGACAUCUGUGAGAACAUGCAGCUCUUUCCCAAAGAGGACUUCCUGACUGGAGACCAGCUCAUGUUUGAGUUCAACCCACAGGUGAUCUCUGCAGCUCUGACUCUCCUGACCCCAGACAAAGCCAACCUGCUGUUGCUGUCCCCAGAGCAUGAAGGCCAGUGUAUGCUGAGAGAGAAGUGGUUUGGCACUCAGUACAGUGUGGAAGACAUCCAGCAGGAGUGGAGAGAACGCUGGUCCGGAGACUUUGAGCUAAACCCAGAUCUGCACCUCCCAGCGGAGAAUAAAUUCAUUGCGACGGAUUUUACCCUCAAAACAUCAGAUUGCCCCGACACUGAGUAUCCUGUCAGGAUCGUUAACAACCAGAGAGGCUGUCUGUGGUACAAAAAAGACAACAAAUUCAAAAUACCAAAAGCUUACGUGCGGUUUCACCUCAUCUCUCCCAUGGUUCAAAAGUCGCCGAGAAACCUGGUUCUGUUUGAUCUUUUUGUGAACAUACUGGCCCAUAAUUUGGCUGAGCCAGCAUACGAGGCAGAUGUGGCCCAGCUGGAGUACAAGCUGGUCGCCGGGGAGCACGGCUUGGUCGUUAAGGUCAAGGGCUUUAAUCACAAACUACCUUUGCUGUUCAACCUGAUCGUGGACUACCUGACUGACUUCUCUGCAGCCCCUGACGUCUUCACCAUGUUUGCAGAGCAGCUGAAGAAAACCUACUUUAACAUCCUCAUAAAGCCUGAGAAACUGGGAAAGGACAUAAGGCUUCUAAUUCUGGAGCACUCACGUUGGUCUAUGAUCCAGAAGUACCAGGCAGUGGUGGACGGGAUCAGUGUGGACGACCUCAUGGAGUUUGUGGCCAGUUUUAAGUCCGAGCUGUAUGCCGAGGGGCUGGUGCAGGGCAAUUUCACGAGUAGAGAAUCCAUGGAGUUCCUGCGAUACGUUACAGAUAAACUGCAGUUCAAGAAGCUGUCAGUAGAGGUCCCCGUUCUCUUCAGAGUAGUGGAGCUGCCUCAGAAACACCAUCUCUGUAAAGUCAAAUCUCUCAAUAAAGGAGACGCCAACUCUGAGGUCACGGUCUAUUAUCAGUCUGGGCCUAAGAACCUGAGAGAGCACGCUCUGAUGGAACUCCUGGUGAUGCACAUGGAGGAGCCAUGCUUUGACUUCCUUAGGACCAAAGAGACGCUGGGGUAUCACGUCUACCCCACCUGUCGGAACACGUCGGGUGUUCUGGGGUUCUCGGUUACCGUGGAGACGCAGGCAACAAAGUUCAACACCGAGCUGGUGGAGAUGAAGAUUGAGGAGUUCCUAGCGAGCUUUGGGGAGAAGAUGAACAACUUGACUGAUGAGGCUUUUAAGACUCAGGUGACAGCUCUCAUCAAGCUUAAGGAAUGUGAGGACACACACUUGGGUGAAGAGGUGGACAGAAACUGGUCAGAGGUGGUUACCCAGCAGUAUGUCUUUGACAGACUCAACAGAGAGAUUGAUGCUCUGAAACUCAUGACCAAAUCCGAGCUGGUGUCCUGGUACAUGGAGCAUAGAGGAGAGAGCUGCAGGAGGCUCAGCGUGCAUGUGGUGGGUUUCGGAGUCGAGGAGAGCGACGCCCCGGCCGAGGAGCAGCCCAGCCCGGAGGGAGAGGACGAGGGGGCGUGCAGGAGCUCCUCCUCCUACGGGGAGGUGUCCAAACUGACCUUCCUACCCGCCUCGUCGACCCUGGCCUCCGCGUCCGUCAUCACGGACAUCCGAUCUUUCACCUCCUCCCUCAACCUCUACCCUUACCACAAGAUCAUCAAAUAAACCUAACCCUCCACCGCACAGGGGCGAAAGGUCAACCCUUACGCCUGGCCCCUCCUCCAUCCAGCGUCUCCCUCUCACCGUUUCCUCUGUCAUACUUUCCACACGGGUGUGUCAGGGGGAGGACACUCUGAGGCAGCUUUUGCACUGAAACUAUCGAAAAAAAAAAAAAAAAAAAAAAACCCAGGGCAGCAGUCACAUGCUUGUUUCUAUUACUGAGCUCCUGUCACUGGAAUGGCUUUGCUGUGAUUCGUUCGUGUGUGUGUGUGUGUU